UUUGGUGCCUUAUGGGCCGAAGCUGACUGAUUCGGGCACAGAUAUUGGGUCGGGCCGGAACCAUCGGUUACCCAAGGUGCUCUACAGCUCAACUGCAUGAGUAAUGCUCUUCUUUCUCUCUGCUAUUCCUUCCGUCGAUUCCAGAUUGGACCAUUCAUUGCUUUCAACAAUCAACAUGGAAGUGUUCAAGAGAGCCAUACUACAGCCUGGGCCACCUCAAGCCUUUGCACUACAGACUGUUCAGGAAGUUAUAAAACCUCAGGUAAGCCUUGAGCUCUUCCCUAGUGGAUUUGAGCAUUUGGAGUGCGUGAAAAAGAAACAAACAAAACUAGCCCAAGAUGAGAAUCAAUUAUUAGAAAACAUUCUUCGGACGUUGCUUCAGGAACUAGUGUCAUCUGCAGUGCAGUCAGGGGAGCAAAUAAUGCAGUAUGGGCAAUUGAUUGAUGAUGGUGAAACUAGCCAGGGUCAUAUUCCUCGUCUUCUUGACAUUGUGCUAUAUCUUUGUGAGAGAGAACAUGUUGAAGGUGGCAUGAUAUUUCAACUGUUGGAAGACUUGACAGAAAUGUCUACAAUGAGAAACUGCAAGGAUAUUUUUGGUUAUAUAGAGAGUAAACAAGAUAUUUUAGGGAAGCAAGAGCUUUUUGCGCGUGGGAAACUUGUGAUGUUAAGAACAUGCAAUCAACUUCUUCGUCGUCUAUCAAAGGCAAAUGAUGUGGUGUUUUGUGGACGAAUUCUCAUGUUUCUGGCACAUUUUUUUCCUUUGUCUGAACGCUCAGCUGUGAAUAUUAAAGGAGUUUUUAACACAUCAAAUGAAACAAAGUAUGAGAAAGACCCCCCUGAUGGGAUUUCUAUUGAUUUUAACUUUUAUAAGACCUUUUGGAGUUUACAGGAACACUUUUGCAACCCUGCUUCUCUAACUCUUGCUUCUGCUAAGUGGCAGAAAUUUACAUCCAGUUUAAUGAUUGUUUUGAAUACCUUUGAAGCUCAACCAUUAAGUGAUGAAGAGGGGGAUGCUAAUAAUUUGGAGGAAGAGUCAGCAAAUUUCAGCAUAAAAUAUCUUACUAGCAGUAAACUAAUGGGUUUAGAGUUGAAGGAUCCAAGUUUUCGACGCCACGUUCUUGUGCAGUGCCUUAUAUUAUUUGAUUAUUUGAAGGCCCCAGGAAAGAACGAGAAAGAUUUGCCAUCUGAAAGCAUGAAAGAAGAAAUAAAAUCAUGUGAGGAGCGUGUGAAAAAGUUGCUUGAAAUGACUCCACCUAAAGGGAAAGAUUUUCUUCGUAAAAUUGAUCAUGUCUUAGAACGUGAGAAAAAUUGGGUGUGGUGGAAACGUGAUGGUUGCCCACCAUUUGAAAAGCAACCAUUGGAGAAGAAAACAGUACAAGAUGGAUCUAAAAAGCGUAGACAAAAGUGGAGACUGGGAAAUAGAGAACUCUCUCAGUUGUGGAAGUGGGCAGAUCAGAAUCCGAAUGCUUUGACUGAUCCUCAACGUGUCCGAACUCCUCACAUCAUGGAAUACUGGAAACCCUUGGCUGAAGAUAUGGAUGCAUCAGCUGGAAUAGAAGCUGAAUAUCACCACAAAAAUAGUCGGGUUUAUUGUUGGAAAGGUCUUCGAUUUUCGGCUCGACAGGACUUGGAUGGAUUUUCUAGAUUCACUGAUCAUGGUAUUGAAGGGGUUGUGCCUCUAGAACUUUUGCCGCCUGAUGUUCGAUCCAAAUACCAAGCAAAACCAAAUGACAAGUCCAAGCGUGCUAAGAAGGACGAAUCCAAGGGUGCUGCAGCACAAUCUGAGGAAAAUCAGAUUGCUACACCUGCAAGUGAAGUUGAUGGUGAAGGAAUCAGAGCUGAUCUUGAAGCCUCAGCAGCACAAAUGGACGUUGAUGCGACAGCAACUGGCAAUAUAUCCCAAGGUGGCACUCCAACACCAGAUGAACAUCAAAAGCAGAGCUCUGACACUGAUAAUGGUCAAGAGGCGGGUCAGUUAGAAGCUGAUGCUGAGGUUGAGGCAGGAAUGAUAGAUGGAGAGACUGAUGCAGAAGUUGAUUUAGACGCUGUUGGCUGAUAUGCUGGAAGUGUGAUUGCGGUUCUUGGUUGCACAUAAGAGAAUGCUAGUGAAGUGUUAAAUCCUUAAUCUUAACUUGGAAAUCUAGUAAAGGCAUUGAAUUUUUCCUACGCCACAAAAAUGGCUAUUUUACCAAAGCUUGUAACUUUAACAUGUAACCAUUGUAGGGCUUAUUGAGCAAUCGAUGCCUUCUUAACACUUUUUCUUUAUGGUUUCACUGAAGGCCCAUUAUUUUA